AAAUAUAAAAUUUAAAUUCAAAUAAUUAAUGAGAGCUUCUCCUGCGAGCAACCCUCGUACAAUGACAUAUUUUGUUCAUAGAUCUAAUAUGUCUAUAUAAAGUCAGUUUGCAUCAAGUAUAGAGCAUACAAUAUUCGGUUAGCUUUGUUGAUUCAGGAUUUUGGGGUUUCUUGAGACAAGUUUUUAUUGUGAGCGAAUGCGUUUCAAACUCCGUGCACGAAGAAGACGAAAUAAAACUUUAUCUUUUUUAAUAUCGACUGGGGAAGUUUGUAAUAGAGCGGGAAGUGGAGGUGGGGCGCCAGUGGACGUCAUAUUUUUAGCAGCUACUGUUGAAAUUUCAUAAGCAAGCAGCGUAAAGUUCGAAAUAUGCAAAAUAGCAAUUGGCUAGGGAACAAGUUACGUAAGGGUGUGCGUGUGUGUGUGUGUAUGUGAGUUUGGGGCGGGAUUCGAGUGAAAAUGUAUGUUAGCUUCAGUUAGCUGGGAGUUGGCUGUCGGCUCAAUAUGAAAUUUCAACUGUCCAAAUGCUGUUACUGCAUAAAUCUGCGUUUUGGCUGCUUUCUGGUUGUAUUCUUUGACAUCUUCAUGCAUGCGGUGCACAUUGAGUUCGGCAAUCAUGAAGUAUUUAAAGUCUUGAAGCCUUUCAUCUAUGUGACCCACUUCGUGGGCUGCCUGAUGCUCUUCUACAGUGCUGCAGUCGUAUCGCUGCUGACAUUAGUUUAUCUAACGACGGACGUGCUAAAAUUUAUAUUUUUUGUCUUAUCGGCCUAUGGCUGGAUGAACCGGCAAAAUACGAUAUUCACACUGUGCAUUCAUGUCAUAAACAUAUUGUUUAGCGUUUACUUCUGGCUGGUCGCCUACUCGUACUUCCGGCAAUGUAAAGACAAUAGCAUUGAAACCAGAGGUACUUCUACAGUCAACUGAACCAAAUCGGAUGACACUGAGAGCGCUCCCAAUAGAUUGAGGGGCUUCUGAGCCCAUUUGAGCCGAAUCCAACUGAGC